UUUUUAAAAAAGAAUAGAAAUAUUAAAAAAUAAAAUGGCAGGUGAAGAUAUGCCUACCUUUAAACUUGUUCUAGUUGGAGAUGGUGGCACUGGUAGGAGCUGCUUUUAUUACAUUAAUUGUACACAAAAUGUUCAUCCGCUUGUUUUCCACACAAACAGAGGAGCUAUUAGGUUUAAUGUUUGGGACACCGCUGGACAGGAGAAGUUUGGAGGUCUUAGAGAUGGAUAUUAUAUCCAGGGCCAGUGUGCUAUUAUUAUGUUCGACGUCACCUCCCGUGUAACGUACAAAAAUGUUCCAAACUGGCACAGGGACCUGGUCAGAGUCUGUGAAAAUAUACCCAUCGUACUCACAGGAAAUAAGGUUGAUAUUAAGGACAGGAAGGUGAAAGCAAAAAGCAUUGUUUUCCACAGGAAAAAGAACCUACAGUAUUAUGAUAUCUCCGCGAAGAGUAACUACAACUUCGAGAAACCCUUCCUUUGGCUCGCUAGGAAACUGAUCGGAGACCCUAACCUUGAGUUUGUUGCUAUGCCCGCCCUUGUGCCUCCAGAGAUCACUAUGGACCCUAACUGGCAGGCCCAGAUUGAACAGGAUAUCAAGGAAGCUGCCGAGACCGCUCUCCCAGAGGAUGAUGAGGAUCUUUAAAUCAAUCAAUCAUUCGGAAGAUCAAUCAGUGAUCGAUCACCUUGAUCAAUAGAACAAUUGAAAGUAUGUUGGCAGAUCCAUCAUGAUGAACUUGAUCUAUAGUACAAUCAAGUAACCAGGCAGAUCAACCACUUGAUCAAUGAACAAUCAAUUAAUCUGGAAGAUCAAGGAAAGAUCAUUCUUCAACUAAUCGACCCGGAAGAUCAAUCUUGAUUACAAAUACAAUCGUUCUUAUAAUAUUUUUUAUACAGCUUACCCGACAUUCUGCAUUUAAUAAUCUUUUUAAGGUCAAAUAAAUCUAAACCAGAAUCUUA